CACGACACGAAUCGCCUGCACUCCAUCACCAUCCAUAUCUGUAGCACGCGGCGCGGCGAACACGACGAGAAAGCACAGCAACAACUCCCACGAGCCGACACCAUACAGUGCGAUGGUGAUGGCCUGGUCGCGGUAGCCGCCGACACAUUCUCCCUUCUCACAGCCAGCCUCGGGCUUGAGCUCGACAUGCCCACUCACGCUCAUGCUACGGAAGGUCUCGAGCAGCGCAGACGCUCCUCUUCAAUCAAUCCUGCGCCGCAGAAGUUCAAGUUCCCAGACUUCCACCACGAGAGCGCCAUCACCGACGACGGGGAGGUUAUUUCGCGCGGACCAAGCCCCAGACCUCUGCCGAAUGGACUCCCUCCAGGCCUGCAUUCGAGCGAACGAUGGCCCGCUGCAAAAAGAGAUUCGAAUAGGGGCAGUCGAGCUGGAUGGGCGGCGAACGGGUAUGCUGGUAAGACCAGACAUGGCAGGCAAAAGAGCUUGAGUGAGGCCAUUCAUACCAUUCGGACACGAGGGAGGACUGCGAGCAUUAGCGAGAACGCGCAUGAGAUUGCCGAAUCACUCAAGGCUCCUGUCUCAUUCAAGCUAGUCCUCCUCUGUGCCUUUUGGUACUCCACAUCCAUCCUCACCAAUACCUCGUCCAAGGCCAUCUUGACUGCACUGCCGAAACCUGUGACUCUAACCAUCAUACAAUUCGCCCUGGUCUCGUUCUGGUGCAUGUUCUUGUCCUGGCUUGCUAAGCGCAAUGCCAUCAUACGAAAUGCCAUGCCGGUGCUGAAGAACGGCAUUCGAAAGCCUAGCAAGGACAUCAUCAUGGCCACUCUCCCCUUGACCGCAUUCCAGAUCGGAGGCCAUAUUCUCAACUCGGAUGCCAUGUCCAAAAUUCCUGUCUCGCUGGUCCACACGAUCAAAGGCCUUUCGCCUCUCAUGACCGUGCUCGCUUAUCGACUGUUCCUGAACGUCAAAUACUCCGCCCCUACUUACCUAUCAUUAAUACCGCUUACCAUUGGAGUCAUCCUUGCCUGCUCCGCAAGCUUCAAGGCGAACUUCCUAGGACUGCUGAAUGCUUUUGGCAGCGCCAUUCUCUUCGUCACUCAAAACAUCGUCUCCAAGAAGAUAUUCACCGACUCUGCCCGCGCUGAAGCAGAUGGCGUACCUAUCGGACGACGCAAACCCGACAAGCUCAACCUAUUAUGCUACUCCUCACUCAUGGCACUUGGCUUCACCUUUCCAAUUUGGCUUUGGUCCGAGGGCUUUGCACUCAUGGCAGACUUCUAUCACGAUGCGUCUAUCGAUCUCAGAGUACGACCGGGUUCUCUCGACCACGGCAGGUUGACCUUGGAAUUCCUCUUCAAUGGAACAUUCCAUUUUGCCCAAAGCCUGGUAGCAUUCGUUUUACUCGGCAUGACUUCGCCUGUGACUUACUCGGUCGCAAGCUUGAUCAAAAGAGUCGUGGUCAUUAUGUUCGCCAUAGUCUGGUUCGGCAAUCCUAUGACUGGAGUACAAGGCUUUGGCUUUCUGCUCACUUUUGUCGGACUUUAUCUCUAUGAUCGAACGUCAGAUGCUGAGAAGCAGGAUAGGAAGGUUCGGGAGCGAGAAGCAGCCAAGGAUCAUUUGCUACCUCUUAAUCUUGGAGAUGCGAAAAAGAACGACGCUGGUCCAGGCGCGGCGUUCACGCAAUCGCCAAUGACGACGGAAGAACAUGGGCCAAGGCAUAGCUUUGGUGGCAUGAAUGGCUACGCGAAUGGAGAUCCCGGGAGUGGUCCGGGGAGACCUUAUAAUUCGUCGCCGAACGCCAAUGGCUUCCCAAUAUCUUUGCCGCUUGGAACAAAAGCUGCAGAGACUUGGAAUCAGAGCGAUGUGGCAAAACAGCAAGCCGCUAGCACUGCACGAUAA